UUUAUGUGAUUAGUUAUAUGUCAAAAUGGUAAAAUACAGACACUUAUACACCGUGAACGCAACGAAUAAAUUAAAAAUGAAGUGAUUUUUGUUGUGACUAAACGGACAGUAUUCAUGAAAAUGAUAUUCUCAAACUAAAUAUGAUCUAUUGACAAACGAAAUUCAAUUGAAAUCGACCGAGAAGUGUGUUAUUUAAACGAUUUGUUGGGCGACAUUGCACACAAAAAGACUGUAAAAAUGGCGUCUACGGGAGACGAUUCGCUGCCUUCUUGUUUAAAUGACCCAAAUUUUGCUGUUAUUUGUGCAUUUUUACAGAAAUUUUCCACCAAAUUGAACGUCGUCUACCCCAAUUUUAGUGAUCUUCAGAAAAUGAUUGAAAAUACUGACGAAGUUGCCGAAGAUCUGAAAAAUUUGAUUGUGAAACUGCUUCGCAAGACCCGAAAAACGGUUCACAACGAAAAAUGGGAACAUGCAUUGGCGAAAUUCUGCUACAGUUACUCAUCGCAAGAUGCAUGGGAAAUCGAACGCUUCGGAUUCAAAAAGGCUAAUCUUUCCGUCAAACUUAGAGUAAUAAAGGAGGUGCUUGAAUCUCAGUUCGAACGAAAUCUGAAAUUUAAAACGGAAUUGAAUCUCUUAAGCGCCGAAGAACUGCGCAGUCAGCCGCUCGGAAAAGACAAAUUGGGCAAUGCCUACUGGAGCACCAUGGAUGUUGACUUAAAUUUGCGUAUUUACCAGGAGCAUUUGGACGAAGAUAUUUGGAAAAUUUGCGCCCAUAGUCGUGAUGAGUUGGCUAAGCUGAUCGCUUGCUUAAAAGGAAAUGAGUUGGUGAUGCCGUCUCUGGUCGGUUUGGUUGAUGAAGACAGCAACAGUAUGCCGCAGGAGAAAUUAGAUGCAUUGAAAAACGGUGAUAUUGAUAGCGAUGAACAGAACAAGGAUCCCGCUAAAUCCGCUGUGGAGAAGGCGAAACCAGCUGACAAAAUAGGAACCGAAGAAGAACUCUCUGACGAAGAAAAUGAAAGCAAUAUUUCGGAAAUGGAUGUAUCGUCUCAAGAUGCCAGUGAGUGCAGCACAUCGAUCACGGACCUGAAAAUAAAGGCACCGGUUGUUGAAAAGGUGCCACCAAUUGUGGUCACUAAAACUGGCACAAAUAAGACCACAUCAAAGAGCGAAUCGAGCAGUUCGAAGUUACCGUCGAAAAGAAGACUGGAAUCGGACUCUGGCGAAGAAUCGGCCUCUAAAGUUCCUAAGAUACAGCGGCCAACGCUGUUAAGCAAAAACAAGACAAUCAAAACGAAUAAAUUUGCCCAUUUAGAAGGGGACGACGACGAUCGCGAUGAUGAUGAAGAGGACGAUGAUAGUGAAGAAGAAGAGGAAGAGGAGGAGGAGGAAGAAGAGGAUGAGGAAGAUGGAUCCGGCACCGAAGACGAAACUGACGAUGAGGAUGUUGGCGAGGAAAUUGAAGAGCCUGUUAUGCACAUUAAAGGUUUGGGCAGUGGGGCUGCUAACGAGGGAACAUUUUUGGACCAGAUGAAUAUGAAUGAAGAAAGCGAUGUGGGUGAAGCCAUUGAAGAAGAAGUGAUUUACGUUGUUGGAGAUGGAUCCGGUGCCGAAAAUGAAGUUGGAAAUCCAGAGAAAAAACCAGGCUCGGAUAAACCAAUGUUUUUUUUCGGACAGGCUGGUUGUCUAAAACUGAGUCCAAUUAAACAUCCGAAUCUGCAAAAAGUGGAUAACAACCUUGAAAAUAGUGUGAAAACCAGUGACUUGUUUAACGACGUGUCAACGGUUGCUGAUGGUGGACAGAGCAGUACAAGCAUAAGUGAAACCCAACCUAAUUCGCAAAGUGUAGCAAACGACGAAUCGCCUAUCCAGAAAACUAACGAAAAUGACAUCGACGUAGCCAAGACAAGUCAAGAAUCGAACAUUGAAAGUGACAACUCACGGGGAAACAAUGCGGUAUCCGAAUUGAUUAAAAGUGAAGAAAGUGAGAUUCAAAAUUCCAAAGUUCUUGAUGUGCUAGAAGUUACGGACUCAAAUAUCGAAAAAGUUGAAUCAAAUGUUUCUACAUCCAGUGAACAUGAAGAACCAGUAGCUAUGAACUCUGACAAAACAGAAGAUAUCCAACCGCUAGUUUGUGAGAAGAAAGAUUUAGCUCUCGAUAAUAUCGAACCAGUCGAUCACGAGUCUACUACAAUCGAAAGUUCCACUCCUGAAAAUAUCGAGGUUGGAGAAAAACAAGACUAUGCCCCAGAAACCGAACAUGCCGGGUCUCAGUCUACUACCGUUGAAAAUUCCGAUCCUCAGAAUAUCGAGCUGGCUGUCGGUGAGAAAGAAGACUGUGCUCCCGAAACUGAACUUGCCGGUGCUCAGACUACUACAGUCGAAAAUUCUACUACUGAAAUUAUCGAGCCGGCUGUUGGAGAAAAAGAAGAUUGUACACCCGAAAUGGAACAUGUCGAUCCUCAGACUACUACAGUCGAACAUUCUGCUCCUGAAAAUACCGACCAAGCUGCUGGAGAAAAAGAAGACUGUGCAACCGAAAUCGAACAUGUAGGUCCUCAAACUACUACAGUCGAACAUUCUUCUCCUGAAACUGUCGAUCUGGCUGUUGGAGAAAAAGAAGACUGUGCCUCCGAAACCAAAUACGUCGGCCCCCAGACUACUACAGUCGAAAUUUCUACUUCUGAAAAUAUCGAGCUGGCUGUUGGAGAAAAAGGAGACGGUCCUACCAAAACAGAACUACCUACAAUCAAUGAUAAUACGCGCAGUGAGGACGUAGCUUCGUCAUCAGACAUUCCAUCAAACGAGAGUAUCGACGAUUCUACGUUAGAAAAUGCAAUAACUGCAGAUGACAAAUCAGCCGAAACUCUUGAAACGUUGCCUCAACCUAUUCAACUCAGCACUACCUCUCACGAAAGUAUUCAUCAAGACAUUAGUGAAGCUUCAUCCGAACAGACAGUUUGUCCGAAAAGUGACAACGCAAAUCGACCUGAUGAACCCAUGGAGAUAGAUCGACCAACACCUUCAGAAGAUAUCGAUAAACCAUUGGGAACACCUGACACAAUGCAGCAAAGUGAAGACGUUGAAAAUUCGAAUAUUGAACCGAGUGAAUCUGUUGAAUCUAACGGUGCUACCAAGGACGUUGACGCUGUGCCUGAAUCGAAGACUGAAAACAUAAUUAAAAGUGAAUGUGCUGUGAAAUCGGAUGAAACUUCAACUGUUUCAAACGAUGAUUUAGUGUGUGAAAGCGAGCCUACCUUAAUCGAGGAAGAUAGCAAAGUUGAAUCAUGUCCAACUGAGGGGGGCAAUUCAGCAGAUAUGUUAACAGUGGAAGAAGGUGCAAAUUUGUCAACAAUUCAAACCACAACAGAAGUGAAAGAAGCUUCGGCUACUUCGGAAGACAAUGUAUGUACGAGCACUGCAGUGAAUGAAUCUUUCAGCACAUCAGAACUGAAAGAAACUUCAAACACAUCAGAAAUUGGAACAUCAGAAAACACCGUCGAGGAUGAGGCUACAACUAAAGACAAAACUACUUCUUUGAUCAAUCCACCGGAGACACAUUCAUGUGAUAGUAAAGUGGAGUCUUUAGUAAUCGAUUCCGGUAGUUGCAGUGAAUAUCUUUCCCCAUCUGCGUCAGAGAUGGUCAGUAAAGACAAGGAAGUUCAUGCAAAUCUAGACACAGCACCAGUACUCAGUCUGAACAAAGAACUGGAAUACGAGCAACAAACGAGCCAAAGUAAUACAGAAGCCGAAGACACACACUACAAUACUCCGGCGCCGGAGAACUUCGCAUCCUUAAAUGUAACAGAUCAAUCGGAUGAAAUUGCUAGCGAACCGGUCAUUGAUCAUUUAACGCCUGAUGUCACGUCCAUAUCGACGCCAUCAUUCGAUGACCAAGACAAUCGAACAAAUGACAGCUUACUGAACGAUGAAAGUGAAUCAAUAGAAGCACCACCGGACAUUUCAAACAAAGAAAUUGGAAAAUUUCAAAUUUUCAAUCGGAAAGUCGCCGAGGAUCCAUUAAAUGUAAAGCCUGAACAAAGUGAUGAAGCACCGAAAUUGCAAUACGAAGGUAGUGAAGAAACCAAAACUCCUUUAGUGAUUACACAGCCGGUUAUGUCUGAAGUGCCUCCCGUUGUGAAUAUACCAGUGUCUACAGAUUCGAACAAGGAGUCAAAGAGCAAUGAAACGACAACAGCAACAACAACUACAACGUCAUCCAGCUUAAUGCAGGACACAAGUGAUAAAGUCGAACUGGCAUCCCCUCCCCUAAUAAAACCAUCCAUCGGUGAAAUGGUCAACAGUAAACCAGAGCCACAAUUUCCGAUAUCCUUCAAAAAUACUCCAAUUAAUAAUCGUAAACGACCUCUAACUUCAAAAAAUGAUUUCGAUACGGACGAAUCAUCGUCCGAAACAUCCAGCGAGGAGGUCGAAGUGAAGCGACAAAAAACAAAGCCAAAAUUCAGUCAUCUGGCGGCGAGAAAAAAUGCUGAAAUCAAAAGAAAGGCAACACAGAUUGAUUGCAGUACCGACGAGGACGAGCCAGUCAACAAAGUUCAACUGAAAAUCAUAUCAACGGAAUUGUCGAAAAUUGAGAAUGCUGCUAAACAGAAGAAAAUGGUGAACGAUAGGAGUCCACUUAAAAUUGCUAAAGACAACGAUCCAAUAGCGGAUUCCAAAGAAAGUGUGCCAGUAGCAGAAAACGAAACAAUUUUCCGAAAUAACAUGCUGGAGCCUAUCUGUUUGACCACGUCCAAAAUAGUUCCGGUGGUCGAAUGUACUACAAAUCAGAUGACGGAAAAGAAUUUUGUGCCUGAAGGUAUAAAAGCGACAGCGUUCGUCGGAAAUCCAAGUGUUUCCAAAACGCUAACCAGUACUUUGGACGUCGGAAUUUCAAUGGAUGUUGAAGAAUCAAAAGAGUUAAUACAAUCUCAAGAUGAAAUGGAGACGGUGGCCGAUACGAUAGAAGAAGCAAAACCUAAAGAAGCAGUUACGGCACUGGAGGAACUUAAAGGGGCAAAAAAUUUGAAGACUGCAGACAAAAACGUUAAGGUUGAAGUUAAAAGUGAAAACGCAGUGACGGAAGCAAUACUAUCCGUGAAGGAAGACAAAUCAAAAACAGAAAUUCAAUCUAUACCAGUAACAAGUGACGUGAAACCUGCAUGCAAUGUAAAUAUGACCCAAGAAAAUGAAUCAAAAGCGAAGGCAAAAUCUAACGACGAAACUCGUUCGAGUAUCGGUCCUCAGAACGAAAUAGCAACGAAAGCAGAAACAACAACAAAACAGGAAGUGCAGAAAGCUGUAGAAGUAAAAUCAGAACAAAAAGCAGAAGUGAAUGUGAACACCGUGAGUCGAGAAAAAGCAGAAACUAAGACCGAAGAACCAAAUGUUUCGCAAGUGAAGACAUUGCCGGAGCCUGAAAUAACAAUGGUCGAGACGAAACCAUCGAGGCCGGGACCAAAGUCGAAGAAACCAGGUUUUGUUCCAACGAAUGUCACGGUUAGUGCUCUGGACACCUCCCCAACUGUUGACAUUCCGAAAGUAUUUACAGACGACAAUGUGAGUAAAAGUCAACCAGAACCAGUGCAAACAACUACAAGGAGCAGAACAACACGAGCCGUAGCUGCAAAUCAGCCAUCAUCGGAUUCAAGUGUACCUGAACCUACAACACAAAAACCUACACCAAAGGCUACGACACCUCCAACCACUAAACCAGUUCCAGCAAAACCGGCAAACGUCCAACCGAAGAAAACUGCGAAAGCUAAACCUCCACCCAAACCAAAAGCUCCGAAAAAACAAACUGCACCUCCAGCGCCCAAGAAAGAAUCCAAACCCGCAACCACUGAAACAUCAGCAACGAAGAAAGAAACACCAAGAAAGCGGACGCUUAUGGGUUUAACUGUUGAUGACAAUGCAAUUCUGGCAACAAAUGACGGUGAGACACCGGUGCGGCAGUCUCGUCGAAUAGCACAAAUAAAAAUUAAAGAAGAGGCAGAACGACGCAAAGAGGAAGAAAUGGCUUUGAAGCAAAUGAAAGCAGCGGCGUCCGAGAAGAAAAAGAAGGUGGUUGACGAAACGUACACUGUUAAAUCGGAAAGUGAUGCGUCUGAAGAUGAUUCCGAGCAAAAGUUGGAAAUGAAAAAGAAGAACAAAAAGAAAGUGAAAGGUGCAAAUCCAUGGCAAACUGAUUCCGAUCACGAGAGCGAUGUCAGUGAAGAGGAACACUACGAGUCUGAUCAUAAACUGGUUUUUGACAAAUCCGAUCACGAAUUUUCACCAGAGUCCGAUAUCGAGGACGAAUCUCAGAUUGUACAAACGAAACGAGCUAGAACUGCACAAAAGGACGAUGAACAUGAGAUAAUCGAUGAUGGGUAUGCGUGUCAGAAAUGUAACAAACACGAUCACCCGGAAUGGAUUCUGCUAUGUGACAAAUGUGAUAAAGGGUAUCACUGUUCCUGUUUAGUUCCGAUGCUCUUCAUAAUUCCGGAGGGAGAUUGGUUCUGUCCACCAUGUCAGCAGGAUAAACUGAUUGAAACGUUGGAAAGUCAACUACAGAAUUUGGACAAAGAAUUGAAGGUAAAAGAAUUGGAGGAAAUUAAACGACAGAGAGCUGCCUUCACCAGUAUCAGUGUAGCGAAUGUCGUUCCAGACGAACCGGAUGAUGAAGAGACAGAAUAUCAGAAACCAAAAUCAGUUCGAAAACGACCAACUACGAAUCGUCGUCGGCGUAGAAACAAUGAUAGAUCGUCAUCUGGAUCUGGAUCGUCUUCAUCGAGUGAAUCUAGUCGUAGCGGGAAAAGUGGCAGUAGUAGCAGUGCAACUAACAGCUCUGACGAUGAACCGAUUUAUAAACUACGAAAACGUCGCCAAACCAACGUCAGCUAUCGUUUUAAUGAAUACGACGAUCUAAUAAAUUCUGCAAUCAAAAAAGAAAUGGAUACGGCAGAAGGUGCUGGUAAUUUGGGUCGUGGCAAAGACAUAUCAACAAUUAUUGAAGCUGACAAAGAAGAAAAACGAAUCAAGCAGAUGGAAGAGGACGAUGAUGACGAAAAUGAAGAUGAUGCAAAGGAAUCGGAAACGAAGCCAGAAGAUGCAGACGAAAGCAAAACAAAGUCUGAAAGUAAUACGAAAGCUAGUGAUAGUGACUCUGAGCCGAUACGCAAGACACUCAAGCGUCCACUGAAUAAUAAAAUGAAGAAGAAACACAGAAAAUUGAAUAGUUUGGAUAUCGAAUCGGAAGACGAUGGAUCAGACGAUGAUUUUCGCACCAGUUCACUUUCCGAUGAUGAGGAAGAUGAAAACUUUUCUGCCGAAAGUGAGAGCGACAGCUCUUUGGAAAUUUAUCGAAACAGGAAAAACAAGAAACAUGAAACCAGACGAUCGGUUCGAUCACGAAAAAAACGAUUCGAUGAUGCCUUUAUUAACGAUUCGGAUGGUGAUGAUUUGGAUGAGCCGAAAGUAACACGAAAGAAAAAGAAAAUCGAAGACUCGGAUUUCUCCGAUGAAAAUGAAAGUACGGAUGAGGAUGCGGAAGAGGAUGUGGAUAGUGAAGAUUUAUGCGAUAGUACGGACAGCAAUGAAAGCGAUCGUGGUUGGAGAUCAAAGAAAGCAAAAAAGCCAAAGCCGAAAAAGCCGGUAACCGACAAUAGCAGUGUAUCUAAACCCGCACCCAAAAAGAAGGUGAAGAAAGUCGAGGACACCGCUUUCCGUGCUGGAAUACCAAAAUCAAAAGGAAAAAGUAUUUCCGACGAAUCAGAUGAUGAAGACGUUCAAGCGAAGAGCAGACGUACUCGUGGUAAAAAGUUGACGUACCUCAACUUAUUGGACGAAUUUGAAAGCUCAGAUUCAGAUGGAAUAAAACCGGGAGUUAAACGACCUGAUACUCCACCGGAAGAGAGAGCGGCUUUCAUUAAGAAACAGGAAGAAAUUAAGCGAAUGCUCGCAGAGAAAAAUACAGAGGCAGCAGCAGCAUUAGCUGCUCCAAAAUUGACAGGUUCAACUCCAGAAAAGAUCCGUCGUCCUCCUGCUGGACCAGUUGACUCACUAUCUACAAUUCCACGGUCAAUUAUUCAAAAUGCGAAGGCUCUCGAUCCCGACUAUAAAAAAGGGAAAGACAGUGAUGAUACUGAUGGAUUCGACGAUGAUCUACCAGACGAUUUCGAUGCCGAGGGAAUGGACGAGGAUGAAAUCGCAAAAAUGAUGGAAGAAGAAGAUUUUGCACAGCAACAACUAAAGGCAGUUGGUGAAAGAGUAAGAAAAAUGAAAGAGGCAGAAUUAUUGUUGAAUAAGAAAAAAGAGGCUGCUAAAGCGUCUGAACCUGCUGUAAUAACUCCAACUGUUCCUGUAACAGUUCCUGCAGGACCAGUCAAUAUUCCUGCUCAUUUAGCUUCUCCACCAUCUUUAGUUGUAUCGCCGUCAUCAUUUUCCCCACGACCAUCUAUGCCAAUGCCUCAUAUAAUUCGUCCGCCACAUUCUUCACCACUAUCUCCUGGCAACGUUCAACACAUGCAGCCUCAUCCAGUGCAUCACCCACAACAUUCACCUCACGGAUCUCAGCAUUUACCGAUGCAUCCACAUUUGCCUCCACACGGACCACAUGCGCCACAUCUUAUUACCUCGCUGAAUCAACCCCAUCCUUCGCAUCAAAUGGUCCGGGGUCCACCACAUCAUUUGUUGCAUCCGAGUCAACAUCCAAUGCAGCAUUUCAAUCCGCUACAGCGUCAUCCGAUGCAGUUAACACAACCACCACAUAUUUCACCAAAUUCGCAGCAAUCGCAUAUGCCACACCGUCCAAUGCAUCCAUCGAUACGUUCGCAUCACCCAUUGCAAAUGCAUCCGUCUCAGAUGCAAUCACAUCCACCGCCGUCUAUGGUCGUUGACUAUCCUGGUGAUUCAAAAAUGAUGAAGCUCACGAAAUCUGGCGUGGAACCGAAGAAACGAGGACGAAAAUCAAAAGCCGAAUUACAAGCCAUCGAACAAGCAAAAGGAAUUUCAGCUCCCGAUCCUUCAACAUCGAUAGGAUCGUCGUUAUUACAGCAUCCGACUCACGCUCCAGGUCAAGAGCCAAUAAUUCCGACUACAGUCUUAGCGGUCCAAAACACACGACUAAUAGAUCCAUCUGAAUUGGGUCCACCAGGUGCCGGUGCAUCGGAGGUUAAAAAACGCGGAAGAAGAAAGAAGUUUACUCCGCUCAGAGAAUCUUUGAAUAAAUCUGCUCCAGAGCCCCCGAUUGGACUUGAACCGAAAACAAACCCGAUACUUGCAGAACGACUGGGAAUGCAAGAUAUUAGAAGUAACUUGUCUAUUGCAACGCCCCCACAACUGUUUUCGCCGAGUGCAGUUAGUCAGCCUUCUGUAAUUACCAGAUUGCCUCGUCCACCACUUGGAUCACCUUAUGGCCCUGGAGGUCCUGCCCAACAACGAUUCUAUCCUCCGCAAGCAGGCCAACCUCCAGUGAGUAUAGCACAAAGUACAAGAAUACCAUUUUCUCCACACGGUCCACCACCUCCAUUGACAUCUUCGCCAGUAACAUCUUCCAAUGGUGGACCGCCCACUAAUCACUACGUUCAAUCGGAACAAAUGAGCAGACUGCCGUCGCCUCAUUCGGGUCAUUUUAGAUCGCCAGCGCCAGCCCAUUUCAGUGGCCCACCAUCGAACUAUCAAUCUGCGCCCGGAAUGCCAGCUCUCAUACAUAGAAGUGGACUACAACCUAUUGAAGGUGCUUCGUCAACCCCACAAGACUAUUCAACCCCAUCAGUUCCAAUACCAUAUGCCGCUUCAUAUGGUACAUAUUAUCCACCGCAUCAUUCAGCCCCUGUCGAACAUCGUGCCCAACCACCGCCACCAACGACUGUACCGUCAACCGUUGCGCCGGCAAACAGUUCGUUUGAGCAAUUCGAUAAUGCGAAAAAUACCCCGCCCCAUGACCGUGCUACACCAAAUGCAUAUCAGAGUCCUUCGACCGACGAGCCGGCAGCCAGUUCCAGUGAGUUUAGCGGUUUGGUGAGUUAUUUCAGUUCGCAACAGGAUGAUUUGGAAACUUAAAUUCAUUUAAUUUCGUAUCCAUUCGGUUGGGAGUUUUUAUAUUUUGCGUGCUCUUUGCAUUUGCACAAGACUUUAUUUUCUACUUUUUUAAUUCGUUUGACAAAAUGGAAACGAUUUUUUUUCUAAAAAUAUUUUUUUUGCUUUUUUGAUUUCUCAUAUUGAAUUUCUCAAUUUAACAGUGUCACAUUACACUGAUAGACUUUACUGAAGGUAUAAUUAUGAAUACCUAAGAUUUUAAUUUGUUAUGCCAAUAAAGUGAUCUAAGAGAUAAAACACUUGUUAAAUACAAAACAUUUUUUAUUCGAUUAUGCAAGUCCUUUGCACCCACCCACCUUAACGUCAGUUUUGUAUGAAAGUCGCGUAAGAUUUUAUCAUUAAAAUGAAACUAAUUCCAUUGAUAUAUCAUCCAAUGAUAUGACCACCAACCUUCUAAGACAAAAAAAAAAAACAUUUUUCAAACGUCGAAACAACAUGGAAAAAAGUUAGCCGACGAAACAAAACAAAAAAAAAAAAAUUAGUGCGCCUAUUUAACUCAUAGUAAUUGAUUAAAAGGUGAUAGUUUAAGCUGUUGAAACGCUGAAAGAAAUGAUCUGAAAUCA